AACAAAAACCCUAGACUAAACGACUAGGAAAGAAAAUAAGAAACAGAGAAAGCAGAGAGCUCUGAGAAAAGUAUCAAAAAUGGCGACUUUGAGUAGAAUCAUCAAGAAGGCUGCAUCUUCAUUAAUCCAACUAUCAAAUAGAACAGUUCAUCAAAAAAAUUACAGCUCUUCCAUCUUUACUACCCCUUUGAAGAGCUGUAUCAGCAGCAGAAAGAUGUUUCCGAGGGCUGCAAUUCCAGCUCUUAAUUUCUCUUCGCAAGCUAAGAAGAAACCGAGUUCUGAUAUAAGUCUUCUGAGUUUCCUUGAUAAUGAAAUCCAAUGUGCUCUGGAAUCUGAUGAUCAUGAGGUUGUAGAAGCACCAGGUGGGUUUCCUUUUAAGAUUGAAGAUAACCCAGGAGAGCAAACCAUAACAUUAACCAGAGAAUACCAAGGUGAGGAUAUCAAAGUUAUAGUUCACAUGAAUAAUCUUGUUACUGGUGAGGAUGGAGAGGUUGAUCAUGAAGAUGAUGAUCAAGCUGAGGGUGGUGUGAGUAGUCCUCAGUCUAGUGUUCCAUUGGUUGUAACUGUCUCGAAAGGAAGCGGACCGACGUUGGAGUUCAGUGUUAUGGCAUAUCCAGAUGAGAUUUCGAUUGACAGUAUGACUGUGAAGCAACCAAAUGCUUCUGGAGAGUUGAUUCCUUAUGAGGGACCUGACUUUGCGGAAUUGGAUGAGAACCUGCAGAAAGCUUUCCACAAGUAUUUGGAGAUCAGAGGGAUCAAACCCAAGACCACCAACUUCUUACAUGAGUAUAUGAUCAACAAAGACAGUAGGGAAUACUUGAAUUGGUUGAAGGAAUUGAAGGCUUUCGUCGCCAAGUAAAGCUUGAAUACGGACUACUGUGUGUUCUCUUAUAGAUAUAUUCUCUUUUCACUGAGUAAACAAAUCAUAUUUUGAGUUAAAUUUUGAAAACAAGGUUGUGAUUUGAGUUACUGCUUUUGUGUUACUUCUGGUUCCAUGGACGGUUUAUGAAAUUAUUGUGGUAAACUGGUACUGUUUUUUCUUUUACUGAGUAAACAAGUGAUCAACUUUUUAGUUAAAAAUUUGGUAACAAGAUUGUGCUUCUUUUCU